AGCAAACAAGCCCUGCGGGUGGGUAGAGUGGGGAGCCCUGGCAGGCCCUGACGCCAGGCAGUGGGGCUUGGGGCUAUCAGGCGAGCCAUCAGGGUGCAGGUGGUCUCCUAGGGGCUCCCCACAUUCCCUCGCAGUAUUUACACAUUGAUUCCGGCCUUCUUAGACCUACUGGUCAAUGCGUGCGAGUGGGGGGCUGCGAACGGACUUGGACUUAAGAGUUCAGGGGGUCUGUACCCUGGGGGUCCCCAAGGCUCCUGGGGGGGUCCACGUGCGGGGGGUGACCAGGCCCUGCCACGCAGCCCCUUUGCACGCUGGGCGCGCCCAGCAGAGCGCGCAGGGCUGGGCGGAGCCGUGGCCCGCUAGGCGGAGGCGCCGUGGACAGAGGCGGGGGCGCCCCCCACCCUCUUUCUCGCUUCCCGCCACUGCGUCGGCCAAUCAGGAGGCAGGCGCCCGCCCCCGGCACGGCCUCCUGCUGCCCCGCAACUCCCAAAUGCCGAGUUUUCGCGGGAAAAAAAUCAGAGCAGCUGGCAGCGCGGCGGGCAGCGUUUGCCGAGCGGGCGCUCCGGGUCGCACGCAAGUCCGCGCGGGGUCCGGGCCACGCACGCGGUUUCAUCGCCAUCCCCAGCCGGGCCAGGCGCGCAGGCAGACAAGCUGUUCGCGGCGACCGGAGAGCGCCGACACCAUGUGGAUCCAGGUUCGGACCAUGGACGGGAGGCAGACCCACACGGUGGACUCGCUGUCCAGGCUGACCAAGGUGGAGGAGCUGAGGCGGAAGAUCCAGGAGCUGUUCCACGUGGAGCCAGGCCUGCAGAGGCUGUUCUACAGGGGCAAACAGAUGGAGGACGGCCAUACCCUCUUCGACUACGAGGUCCGCCUGAAUGACACCAUCCAGCUCCUGGUCCGCCAGAGCCUCGUGCUCCCCCACAGCGCCAAGGAGCGGGACUCCGAGCUCUCCGACACCGACUCCGGCUGCUGCCUGGGCCAGAGUGAGUCAGACAAGUCCUCCACCCACGGUGAGGCGGCCGCCGAGACUGACAGCAGGCCAGCUGACGAGGACAUGUGGGAUGAGACGGAGUUGGGGCUGUACAAGGUCAAUGAGUACGUCGAUGCUCGGGACACGAACAUGGGGGCGUGGUUUGAGGCCCAGGUGGUCAGGGUGACGCGGAAGGCCCCCUCCCGGGACGAGCCCUGCAGCUCCACGUCCAGGCCGGCGCUGGAGGAGGACGUCAUUUACCACGUGAAAUAUGACGACUACCCGGAGAACGGCGUGGUCCAGAUGAACUCCAGGGACGUCCGAGCGCGCGCCCGCACCAUCAUCAAGUGGCAGGACCUGGAGGUGGGCCAGGUGGUCAUGCUCAACUACAACCCCGACAACCCCAAGGAGCGGGGCUUCUGGUACGACGCGGAGAUCUCCAGGAAGCGCGAGACCAGGACGGCGCGGGAACUCUACGCCAACGUGGUGCUGGGGGAUGAUUCUCUGAACGACUGUCGGAUCAUCUUUGUGGACGAAGUCUUCAAGAUUGAGCGGCCGGGUGAAGGGAGCCCCAUGGUUGACAACCCCAUGAGACGGAAGAGCGGGCCGUCCUGCAAACACUGCAAGGACGACGUGAACAGACUCUGCCGGGUCUGCGCCUGCCACCUGUGCGGGGGCCGGCAGGACCCCGACAAGCAGCUCAUGUGCGAUGAGUGCGACAUGGCCUUCCACAUCUACUGCCUGGACCCGCCCCUCAGCAGUAUUCCCAGCGAGGACGAGUGGUACUGCCCUGAGUGCCGGAAUGAUGCCAGCGAGGUGGUACUGGCGGGAGAGCGGCUGAGGGAGAGCAAGAAGAAGGCGAAGAUGGCCUCGGCCACGUCGUCCUCACAGCGGGACUGGGGCAAGGGCAUGGCCUGUGUGGGCCGCACCAAGGAAUGUACCAUCGUCCCGUCCAACCACUACGGACCCAUCCCGGGGAUCCCUGUGGGCACCAUGUGGCGGUUCCGAGUCCAGGUCAGCGAGUCGGGUGUCCAUCGGCCCCACGUGGCUGGCAUCCAUGGCCGGAGCAACGACGGAGCGUACUCCCUAGUCCUGGCGGGGGGCUACGAGGAUGACGUGGACCAUGGGAAUUUUUUCACAUACACGGGUAGUGGCGGUCGAGAUCUUUCCGGCAACAAGAGGACCGCGGAACAGUCUUGUGAUCAGAAACUCACCAACACCAACAGGGCGCUGGCUCUCAACUGCUUUGCUCCCAUCAAUGACCAAGAAGGGGCCGAGGCCAAGGACUGGCGGUCGGGGAAGCCGGUCAGGGUGGUGCGCAAUGUCAAGGGUGGCAAGAAUAGCAAGUACGCCCCUGCUGAGGGCAACCGCUACGAUGGCAUCUACAAGGUUGUGAAAUACUGGCCCGAGAAGGGGAAGUCCGGGUUUCUCGUGUGGCGCUACCUUCUGCGGAGGGACGAUGAUGAGCCUGGCCCUUGGACGAAGGAGGGGAAGGACCGGAUCAAGAAGCUGGGGCUGACCAUGCAGUAUCCAGAAGGCUACCUGGAAGCCCUGGCCAACCGAGAGCGUGAGAAGGAGAACAGCAAGAGGGAGGAGGAGCAGCAGGAGGGGGGCUUCGCGUCCCCCAGGACGGGCAAGGGCAAGUGGAAGCGGAAGUCGGCAGGAGGUGGCCCGAGCAGGGCCGGGUCCCCGCGCCGGACAUCCAAGAAAACCAAGGUGGAGCCCUACAGUCUCACGGCCCAGCAGAGCAGCCUCAUCAGAGAGGACAAGAGCAAUGCCAAGCUGUGGAAUGAGGUCCUGGCGUCACUCAAGGACCGGCCGGCGAGCGGCAGCCCGUUCCAGUUGUUCCUGAGUAAAGUGGAGGAGACGUUCCAGUGUAUCUGCUGUCAGGAGCUGGUGUUCCGGCCCAUCACGACCGUGUGCCAGCACAACGUGUGCAAGGACUGCCUGGACAGAUCCUUUCGGGCACAGGUGUUCAGCUGCCCCGCCUGCCGCUACGACCUGGGCCGCAGCUAUGCCAUGCAGGUGAACCAGCCUCUGCAGACCGUCCUCAACCAGCUCUUCCCCGGCUACGGCAAUGGCCGGUGAUCUCCAAGCACUUCUCGACAGGCGUUUUGCUGAAAACGUGUCGGAGGGCUCGUUCGUCGGCACUGAUUUUGUUCUUAGUGGGCUUAACUUAAACAGGUAGUGUUUCCUCCGUUCCCUAAAAAGGUUUGUCUUCCUUUUUUUUUUUAUUUUUAUUUUUCAAAUCUAUACAUUUUCAGGAAUUUAUGUAUUCUGGCUAAAAGUUGGACUUCUCAGUAUUGUGUUUAGUUCUUUGAAAACACAAAAGCCUGCAAUUUCUCGACAAAACAACACAAGAUUUUUUAAAGAUGGAAUCAGAAACUACGUGGUGUGGAGGCUGUUGAUGUUUCUGGUGUCAAGUUCUCAGAAGUUGCUGCCACCAACUCUUUAAGAAGGCGACAGGAUCAGUCCUUCUCUCGGGUUCUGGCCCCCAAGGUCAGAGCAAGCAUCUUCCUGACAGCAUUUUGUCAUCUAAAGUCCAGUGACAUGGUUCCCCGUGGUGGCCCGUGGCAGCCCGUGGCAUGGUGUGGCUCAGCUGUCUGUUGAAGUUCUUGCAAGGAAAAGAGGAAACAUCUCGGGCCUAGUUCAAACCUUUGCCUCAAAGCCAUCCCCCACCAGACUGCUUAGCGUCUGAGAUCCGCGUGAAAAGUCCUCUGCCCACGAGAGCAGGGAGUUGGGGCCACGCAGAAAUGGCCUCAAGGGGACUCUGCUCCACGUGGGGCCAGGCGUGUGGCUGAUGCUGUCCGACGAAGGCGGCCACGGAUGGACGCCAGCACACGAAGUCACGCGCAAGUGCCUUUGAUUCGUUCCUUCUUUCUAAAGACGACAGUCUUUGUUGUUAGCACUGAAUUAUUGAAAAUGUCAACCAGAUUCUAGAAACUGCGGUCAUCCAGUUCUUCCUGACACCGGAUGGGUGCUUGGGAACCGUUUGAGCCUUACAGAUCAUUUACAUUCAAUAUUUUUAACUCGGCAAGUGAGAACUUACAAGAGGGUUUUUUUUAAUUUUUUUUUCUCUUAAUGAACACAUUUUCUAAAUGAAUUUUUUUUGUAGUUACUGUAUAUGUACCAAGAAAGAUAUAACGUUAGGGUUUGGUUGUUUUUGUUUUUGUAUUUUUUUUUUUUUGAAAGGGUUUGUUAAUUUUUCUAAUUUUACCAAAGUUUGCAGCCUAUACCUCAAUAAAACAGGGAUAUUUUAAAUCACAUACCUGCAGACAAACUGGAGCAAUGUUAUUUUUAAAGGGUUUUUUUUUCACCUCCUUAUUCUUAGAUUAUUAAUGUAUUAGGGAAGAAUGAGACAAUUUUGUGUAGGCUUUUUCUAAAGUCCAGUACUUUGUCCAGAUUUUAGAUUCUCAGAAUAAAUGUUUUUCACAGAUAGA